UGUUGUUGUUUCGCGCUGUGUUCCCGCCUUAUUUGAAUCUAUUUUGAUAAAACUACGAAUAUCGCAUCCAUUUUCAUAUAAAUUGUACCGGUGAUGGUUGAAAAUCCAAGCGUGAUGGAUGAUCAAAACGGAUCUGCAAUAACUGAGGAUGAAGCUGCGUUGUAUGACAGGCAAAUACGGCUUUGGGGCCUAGAUGCUCAAAAACGGCUGAGAGCUUCACGUGUUUUGCUGGUUGGUAUACGAGGUAUUGGAGCCGAGAUUUGUAAGAAUCUUGUGCUAUCAGGUGUGAAGUCCUUUACAAUAGUAGAUCCCAAUCCUGUAAAUGAACAAGAUUUUUUGUCACAGUUUCUGGUGCAGCGACAAGAUUUGGGAAAGAACCGUGCAGAGUCUUCUCUACAACGGGCUCAGCAACUCAACCCUAUGGUACAAGUUACAGCAGACAGUGAGGAUAUUUCCAAGAAAAGUGAUGAUUUUUUUAAAAAUUUCGAUUUGGUGGUAGCCACAGACUGUUCUGCAGAUCAGCUGAUUCAUAUGAAUGAUGUUUGUCAUGCUAAUGGUGUAAAGUUCUUUGCUGCUGAUGUGUUUGGCUUUUAUGGAUAUAUGUUUGCAGACCUUGGAGAACACAAAUAUGUAGAAGAAAAACCUAAAGUUGUUACAGCAUCAGAAAGGAAAAACUCAAGUUCUGAUGGUGAACCAGAAGCAAAACGUAGAAAAGUUGAUGCCAGUGAAACCGUCAUAGUUCAAAAGUUUGCAGAAUUCUAUCGAUUGAAAGCUGCAUUAUCAUGCAAACUAGAUGAAAGACCUGAAAAGAUUUUGAAAAGAUUACCUUCUGUAUAUUUUAUGAUAAAAGUUCUGCUAAGAUUUCGCAGCCAGUAUGGCCGACUGCCACAGACUUCCACAAGUUCUGAAGACAAGGAGAAAUUGUUGAUACUACGAGAUGAAAUAAUGAAAGAACUGAACCUUGAUGUGACACUUCUUCCUGAGGAAUUUGCUUCCUACUGUACUGCAGAAGUGAGUCCUGUGUGUGCCAUUGUUGGCGGCAUUGUGGGGCAGGAGGUUGUAAAGGCUGUUUCAGGAAGAGAUGCCCCACUGAGUAACUUCUUCUUCUACAAUGGUCUCGAGGGUCAUGGAUCUGUGGAAUGCUUUAAAUGAUGUUCAAACAAUCUUACAUUUUUCUUAUAACUUUAACUGAAAAAAGAGAAGUCCUAUCACAGGACACUUUGUUUAAAAGGACAUGAAUCACUGGCCAUCUUUGAACCUCCUUGUGUGGUG